UAUUUAACUACUUUUUUAGUGAGGAAUAUUUAAUUAAACUUUUUAUAUUUGUAAAGUUUAUUUAUGUAAUAUCUAAAUAAAAAAAUUAUUUAUAUAUUAUUUUAUAAAUAAAAAUUUAUUUAUGUAAAAUAUUAUGUAAUAUCUUUCAAAUAAAAAUUUAUUGAUUUAAAUAUCUAUUCAAAUAGUAAUAUAAAGAUUCGACAACAACAUUAAUCAACCUAUGUAAUGUUUUUUUUCGGGUUAUUCAGGGAUCCGAAUGGUUCACGCAUAAAACCCGAACCAAAUCGAAAGCUAAAUCAAAUUUGAAGAGGAAACAUUUGGGUUAUAUUGACGAAUCGAAUUUGAACCGAACCGAACCAUGUUUUCUGAUUGGGUUGGUUCGGGUCCUUCCAAAUACAUUUGGGUUUUAUAACCAGGGCGACCGAAGUUUGGAAUUUUUUUUCUUUUGGUUCUUUCAAAUCACCAAAAAGAAAAAGGAAAAGCGGUAAUAAAAUUAAUGGAAACUAUUAGGUGUGGAAAACGAAGAACGUAGAAAUACAGUUUCGGUAGUCCGUGUCGGAUCCUUCUCGCACUCACAAAACGCAAACUUUGGAAUUAACCGAUAACAAGAAUGAAUCCCUCCGGUAAUCAAUCAGUGAAAGGACGAUCUACUGUUUCGGGUUCCUGUGAGUUGGGAUUGACGACGUCCCAAGUGCCACCGCCUUUCAGUAAAAGGAGGAAUACAAAAGAUGUGUCUCUGUCGUGGUCUGGGUUAUGGUCGUUGUUGCCAGAUGCGGUUGCUGUGAACUGCCUGGCUCAUGCCUCGAGAUUGGACCUAGCGGCUUUAGCUGUCGCCUCCAAGUGCCACCGAUCUCUCGUAGCUUCCCCUGACCUUUGGGACUUGAGAUGGCGGAUGGGUUGUAGAGAGACAUAUUUCUACGUAUGCUUGCGCAUCAUUCCUGACCCAACCCCACAGUGGUUCAUCCUCAACCGUAAUCGUCGGCUGGGCCCAAUCCCGAUCCCGUGGAACCCCUAUCAGGCUCAGGAAUCAUCCUCUUUUGUAGUGGUGGAUCGAGGGAUCUAUAUAAUCGGUGGACUCAUAAACGGCAAUCUUACUUCAGAUGUCUUCUUCCUCGAUUAUUUCUUUCACACAUGGCGCCGCGUCCCAUCCAUGAAAAUGGCUCGUGCUUGCGCAUCGGCAAGCCUUGUAGACGGGAAAAUAUACGUGCUUGGAGGGUGUGGGGAGGACGCUGAUUCCUCAAACUGGGUAGAGAUAUUCGAUCCAAAGACCCAAACUUGGGGUAACUGGUUUCUCCCCAAGUUGAGCUAUAAUAUCCACCAAAGUGUGGUGAUAGAGGAGAAGUCUUUGCUUUACGGGGUGGAUAAGGGGCAUGGAAGCUUCUACUUUAUGCCAAGUGAAUGUAUGUUUUUGACAAUGAUAAAAUUAGAUUCUAAGCCAGGAAACAGAAACGAUUGGUGUGCUAUAGGGAAGCUGUUAUUCUGUCGUGGUGUUCGAUCGAGAAUACUGUGGUGUGAGCCAGAUGUGUUGGAUUGGAAGGAGGUCAAGGGUUUGGAAUAUCUGCAACAGUCUCUCUCUGCCUCGAGACGAGUUCUCCUUACUCUUAAUCCAUGCACAGUGCAACGCUGUACACCUACCAAUGUCAAAUGUGAUAUCAGUAGACUCAGCAGCAACUCUUCUGGGAACAUUGUCAUUUUCUGGAACACUCAUCCUGAGAGUUUGGAACUUUGGUCUGCGGAAAUUUCCGUGGAGAGACGCAAGGGAGGCGAGGUUUGGGGGAGGAUUGAAUGGUCCGAUGCAGUAUUCAAACAUGAUCCUCGCUCUCACUCAGAUAACAUUAAGGUCUUAUAUUCUGCUUCUGUCCAUGUCUGA